GUGGAAAAUGUGUUGAAGACAUACAAGGCAAAAUUUGUGGUUGACAUUAGUGAACUUGGGGAGGAGGAUCCCCUCAUGCAGAAUGCUACACGCUAUCUUCAAUCAUUGAAAGUUCCCUGGUACACAACUAAUGCUUUGAAAAGACGAGGAGCAGAUUACUUCCUGAAGAAGGUCAAAAUAGCUGAAGAGAAAACAUUAGAUCUCAUUGCCCUGGAUACUGGGUCACUAAAGGAUCCUUCAAGUGGCACAGGAAGAGAUCAGUUACACUGGCUGACCAGAAUACUUGAGACAAGCAAUGGUAACUGGCAUGUUGUUGCUGGAUUCCACCCAAUGGUGGCUUGUGACAAGAGCAUUGAUCAAAUGGUGGAAACAAAACAAGAUAUUGCGUCCCUACACCAUAUAUUUCUGAAAUAUGGAGUGAAUGCGUACUUGAGUGCACAGGGUUGUGCCAACCAUGAGCAUAAAGGGGAUAUAGAGCAAAUCAUCAAAGGGCCAUAUUUUACCAUUGUAAACAAAAAAGAUGUUUCUCGUAUAGGAACAGAUAAUGGUUUGCUUCUUCACAGGGUGAGCUCGCUAGAGAUUGUGGUUACACACAAGUGUAUUCACUACCAUCUUUCUGUGAUAGGCGACCUACUCUGUAUCACUGAAUGGGGAAGUUGUGCACAGAAUCACACUCCAACAACUGGGUAAGGCAGUCAUGUAAGAUGUGAGGGAUCAAUUGCUGCCUAUUUUUUGGAGCUGUCGUGUGAUUUCCUUGUCAUUCUUUUAUGCAUCAUGUAUUGCACUUCUCUAUACCCUGUCUCAUUCAUUCAAAGUAACCAGUUUGAGAAAAGCCUUUCCUCAUUCUCGAAUUUAGUGUUGCCAUUAGCUUGUAAUUAUGUGUGGUAGGUUCUGGGUUGUGAUAUUUCGUGGAAUGGGGGAAUUAAGUUUGAUUGGUUUUUAUCUCUGAUCAUGUUACGCUUUAUAAUUGUACUUGGGUGGUUCUUUAACUUGCGAUUUUAGAUUCUUCUCCCUCUGAUAAUGACACUGUUAAUUAACAUGGUGGAUUUCACUCACUAGUGGGAAACUCAGGCAAGAUGCUAUUAAAACUGCUUAUGUUUAAUUUCUGAUAUCACGUUCAGAAUUAACUGUUUUAAGGGUGACGACUGGUUAGUGAGUACAGUGGAAGAUGGCAGGUAUUGUAAUUGCGGACAAAAUUGGAUUUCUCGUUUUUUGUUUUAAAAAUAAUUGUUCAGUUUUGAUUGAAUAAACAGGCUAAAUCAAAAUUUAUGUUAUUUUACUAAAAUAUCCCUAUAGGGCGAGCUUUAGAGGAAUAAAUAGUUUCCUUCGGUUUUAUCGCUUUGGUAUUCAAAGUCAAUUUUUGUUUUAAUGUUUAAUCUAUGAAAAUUUAUAUUAUUUGGAUUAUUCUUCUAUUAAUUUUAGUUAUUAGAAAAUUUAUUAACUUUUUAAGUCUAUUUUAGCUAAGAAUACUAUACUAAUGAUAUUUAAAAACAAACAGUAGGAAACGAUGAUAUCCGCGACGCCAAUUCAAAUAUUAAUUAUGUUGUUACGAAUAUAUGUAUCACGGUCCAGCAACCAAAGCUAAACUAGUGUAACCAACUUAAAAUGGCAAAGGUCGGGCGGCUAUAAAUAAGGAGCUCGCAACCAAAACUAGGGCUAGAGUAUAUUGCUCAGGAAAAUGAGGCUCAAGUAGAGAGACGGGAGGUUUCCGAGGGUGGUUGCCCCUCUCUGCAACACGAUGAUCGGAGAUUGUCGGAGCCGGUGAUUUCUCCUCCGUAAAUUCAACCGCCCUCUCUCGCUGUCUGUCUGUCUGUCUGUCUCUCUCUCUCUCUCUCUCUCUCUCUCUAUAUAUAUAUAUAUAUUUCUGAAAUCGCUUAGCCGAACACCCUCUAAAAAUACGACGUUGGCUGUGACGAUAGCUAUCUGAGCUCGUGGUUUCAGGCAUGUAGGAUCCGAGCCGAGCCGUCUCUUGGCGGGGCAACAGGACGGCGCGUGAGGGAUUCGUCUCCCACGCGCAACCGUUGCAGCCGGGCGGAGUCGUAGCGGUCUCUGCCUGAUCUCAAUACAGAUCUGAGCCCCGCCAUUCUUUCAAUAAAAUUAGUAAUUUCUUCUUAUAUGUUUCCUGACCUCAUAGAAUUAUUACCCGACUUUCACUUGGUUAUACUGGAGAUGAAUAGCAUUACUCUUUCUGUAAUCUUUUUAGUAAGGUUGAGAUCGAUGCGGGGGGCGCAAAAUACCUUUUCCUCAGUCAGAGAGAUAGGAAGUUUCCGAGGGUGGUCAUCCCAGAGGCUGUGAAGAUAGCUCUCUGAGCUCAUAGUUUCAGGCGGGGAGGAUCCGAUCCGAGCUGUCUCUGGCGGGGCAACAGGACGGCGUGUGAGGAAUUCGUCUCUCACGCGCAACCGUUGCAGCCGGGGGGAUUCUUCGCGUUCUCUGCCUGAUCAUGGUUCAGAUCUGAUCCCCCACCAUUUUCCAUUUCUUAUCAGAAAAUAAAAUUAAUAUUUUCUUUUUAUAUUUGCAAAAUUCAAAUUAUUGAACGCAUUAUGGUUUUCUUUUGAAAUAAAUUAAUGGUUUUAUUGUUAUAUCAAUCGAAGGCCUUUUUUUUCUUCUGCAAAACCUCUUGACGCAACGAAACUGAGGAAGGCAGUUGUGAAACAUAGCUUCUUGGAUUGGGACUUUGAACAAAAAAUAAUUCGAUUUUGGUCAAAAUAGCAUUGUUUAUAUUAA